GCCCGGGCCCGUCCGCGCUCGCCGGGCGCUGCGCGCCGCUCUCCGUCGCGACAGUCGGCGACAUUCGCCGCGCCCCGGCCGCACCGCCCUUGCCAUGGCCACGCCGGCCAAGCGCCGGGCGCGGGGCCCCGCCGGGGAGCAGGGCUCGCACAGCGGCGGCAGAGGGAAUUCUCGGGGGGUGUUUGGGGUGAGGGGGACGGGCCCGCACGGCUUCCAAAGCGGAUUGUUGGGAGAUGUUCGGAACAACCCGCACGCUUUCCUGAGGGGAUUUUCCCAGGGUUUAAGUGCCUGGAUAAAACCUCUCUGCAGGAAGAGUCUGUGGCUACAACAGGUGCAAUUGUGUGAACCAGAGGGCAGGAGCAAAGCAUUAGAGGAAGUGAAUAUUGAAUUUGAAGCACAUUCCAUAUCAGACAAUGACUAUAAUGGGAUAAAGAAGUUACUGCAGCAGUUGUUUCUAAAAGCUCCUGUUAACACUGCUGAAUUAACUGAUAUAUUAAUACAACAGAACCACAUUGGGAGUAUUAUCAAGCAAGCAGAAGUGCAGGAAGACAGUAGUGAUGAUGAAGAAGAUGAUGAUGAAGUAUUUGGUUUUAUAAGCUGCUUGAAUUUAACAGAAAGGAAGGGCACCCAGUGUGCUGAGCAAAUCAAAGAGCUGCUCCUGAGUCGCUGUGAGCAGAGCUGUGAGCAGCGUGUGGUGGAGCAGCUGAGCAAACUCCUGAACGACAGCACAAAGCCUGUGGGGCUCAUCCUCAGUGAAAGGUUCAUCAAUGUCCCUCCACAGAUUGCUCUGCCCAUGCACCAGCAGCUCCAGAAGGAGCUGACUGAGGCACAGAGAACAAACAAGCCCUGUGGAAAGUGCCACUAUUACCUCCUUAUCAGCAAGACAUUUACAGAAGCCACAAAGAGCAAUUCUAAGAGGAAGGAAAGGAGAAAUCAGCCAAAGGAGGAAUUAAUGUUUGCAAAUGCAGAGGAGGAAUUCUUUCAUGAGAAAGCCCUUCUGAAAUUCAACUACUCUGUGCAGGAGGAAAGUGACACCUGUCUGGGUGGCAGAUGGUCCUUUGAUGAUGUACCAAUGAAGCCUUUGAGGACAGUUAUUGUAGUUCCAGCUGAUGGAAUUCAUGGAAUUAUGGAUAAACUCAAAGAUUAUCUCUCACUCUGAGCUUCCCAACAAACUCCAGGUUUUUACAGAGCAGCCAUGCAAGACUGUGACCUCACAAUAUAUGCAGAACUGCUGUUAAGCCAACAGUUUUAUGCAACCAAAAAUAUUCACCAAGUGAAUAUUUUUAAAUAUUGCAUCUUAUUUUACUUUUGAUAUCAUCAU